AUGCUGCAACCUCUAAUGUAUGCGCCAUGGAUGACCGAGGCAGAGCUGGGCUUCUUCGCGGCGCUGGCGUCGCUCAAGAUCAACCACGACAAACUCGACUCAUCCGCCCGCAAAGUGCUCGGCUUGUACGAGUACAACCACAAGGAUAUUCCAGCUCAGAGUACGCGCAUGCAGCUGCAUGGGACAGCAUUGACGAGCGAUGAGCCGCCAAAACAAUAUUACCGAGCCGAAGGCUUGAUCCGCAACUUCAACACGGUCGAGGAGUACAGGUCAGUGAACAAGACCGAACACCUAGAACGAGCUGCUCGUAUGGUCUGGGAUGCGAUAUGCGACGGAACGAUAUACUCCUGUCCCUCGUUACUCUGCUCCUUUUCGAUCAUCUCUUUCGCAGAUCUGAAGAAGUACAAGUUCACCUACCACGCUGCGUACCCGGCCAUACAAUCGGAUCCAGUAUGGAGGCUCGUUGCGCCAUACAAUGACCCCGACGCUGCGGUAAGGAAACUUGAAGAGCAAGAAACCACAAACCUGGUGAACGAGAUAUCGAGUUGGCAAUAUCAACAGGAUUCGAGGCAACGUGGCUUCUUCUUGGCCAAGAGGUUGCGAAGGCAUGUACUGGAAGAAGAAUGGCGGCAACAUAGAGGAGAAAUUGAGGAAGAGACGGUGGAGGAUGGAAAUCUCUGCACAAAGAAAAAGAAGACCGCACGCUCCUCAAGCUUGACUGAACUUGGCUUCCUCUGGUUCAUCGGGCCGCUGGAGAGUUUCGAGAAAGGUUUCUUUGACAACGCUGCGCCAGAAGAUCGAUUCGUUUGCUUUGCAGAUCCCUCGACGUAUGAAUCAAACCCUGGGUGGAUGCUACGGAAUCUGCUGGUAUUGGUCCGACAAAGAUGGAAACUGGACAAGGUCCAAGUUCUUUGCUACCGCGACACUCAUACUCGACGAGACAAACCUACCUCACUCGUCAUGACACUGCAAUCAUCCGAGCCUGUGUGGGACUUCUCACAACAAGACGCAAUUCAACAAAUGACGCAGAUGAGCAGCUCCAGCGCGCUUGCACCGGGUCAAGUAGAUCGGUUUGGAGAGUUGAUCAUUGAAAAGCCGAAGGAGGCCGAUGGCAGAGAGCUACCGUAUCGACCACCACCAGAAAAGGCUCUUAAGAUGGGCAAGAUCACAGGCUGGGAACGCGACACCGAACGAAGGACUCAACAGCGAACAGUGGACCUCGCGGCAUAUCUGGACCCCUCACGACUUGCAGAGCAAGCAGUUGAUCUCAACCUGAAACUCAUAAAAUGGCGGAUAUCCCCUUCUAUCGACCUGGAGACGAUCAAGCAAACGAAGUGCUUGCUGUUGGGAGCCGGUACCUUGGGAUCAUACAUUGCACGAAAUCUUAUGGGCUGGGGCGUUCGAAAGAUUACAUUCGUCGAUAACGGUCGUGUGAGCUACUCAAACCCGGUACGUCAACCCCUCUACCUCUUUCAAGAUUGCACAAAUGGAGGCGCAUGGAAGGCAGAUCGAGCUGCUGCCGCUCUCAGCGAAAUCUUCCCGGGCGUGGAUGCCGAAGGAGUCGUGCUCAAUGUUCCUAUGGCGGGACAUCCAAUUGUUGGAGACGAGACCAGGGUGCAGAAGCAAUUCGAGCAGCUGCAAAGACUCAUAAAGGCGCACGAUGCCAUUUUUUUACUCAUGGACACGAGAGAGGCAAGAUGGCUUCCAACGGUGAUGGCAAAGUCUGCCGGCAAGAUCGUCAUCAACACGGCUCUGGGCUUUGAUACAUAUAUGGUCAUGCGACACGGCGUGCGUCCGCCUUUAGCGCCGUUACCGAAGACGUUGAGGAGAUCAGAAGGCUUGGUCAUGACACAUCCAAAGGAUGAGGAAGAUCCAUUACUAGCGGCUGCCUGGGACCCAAUUGAGAAUGAAGACGGAAAGAGAGGACAACCUGAAGAGCUUGGAUGCUACUUCUGCCAGGACGUUGUCGCGCCUGCGGAUAGCUUGAAGUCAGCUACACUGGAUCAGCAGUGUACUGUCACAAGACCCGGCGCUGCGCCAAUCGCUUCGGCUCUGGCUGUCGAACUUCUCGCCUCAAUCACCCAGCACAAACUGAAAGGCCGAGCACCUGCUGCAGACGCACCAACAGCAACAGCUAUCGCAUCCGCACCACCUACAGACCCCGCAGAACCCGGCUCUCACCCUCUCGGCACCAUCCCUCAUCAAUUGCGGGGAUUCAUGUCCACAUGGCAGACUAUUCAAGUCAAAGGCAAAGCAUAUGACUGCUGCGCGGCUUGUUCGCCGAAGAUUCUGGGUGCUUAUGAAAAAGAUGGGUGGGAGUUCGUCAAGCGCGCGCUGAACGAGAAAGGGUUUGUGGAGGAAGUGAGUGGACUUGCAGAGGUGCAGAGAAAGGCCGAAGAAGCUGCUCAGGCGAUGGAAGGGGACGAGGAAGAGGAUUGGCCCGAUGAUGAGGGGGAGGGAGAGUUGAUAUGA